GGCAGCUGAUUUGUACGCGACGUGAGCGGUUGUUGUUCAACCGCUUGCGCACUGUGCCAACUUUCGAUAGCGACUGUUAAAUUUCAAACGUUCUCUUUUUACUUCUGAAAGUACGCAUUAUUGUUCGGCCACAAAAAAUUUUCAGUUCCAUCAUUUUCCCCGCUAUAUCAUCAGACUUCCUGAUGUAAAGAAUCAUGCCCCCAAAACUACAGCUUGAUAAAGCAGCCUGGCAGUGGGUGACUGAUGUUGUUGAUCCACAGGAGGUGACAAAGUCUCAUGUGGAUAUAGCAUACAGAUGUAACCUAAAGCCAUGUCCAAAAGGAGAAUGCAAACGGAACUGUAGAGGAAAUCCUUUCUGCUUGAAUGCUUUGGGAGAGAAGCGUUGGUUUGAGGACCUGGAUGAAAGCAGGUGGAAUGAUUUUGACCCGGAGAGUGAAAGACGACCAGAAGGUCACUUUGUUGGGUUGAAAAACUUGGGAGCCACCUGUUACGUCAAUACAUUUCUUCAACUUAUGUUUCACAAUGCAAGUGUUCGAAAUGCUCUCUAUCAAUGGCGUGAUCCAGACAUGCCCUCAGAUCCUGAUGCAGACUGGAAACCCACUUCAAUCUGUGGUCAUCUUCAGCUAAUUUUUGGCCUGUUAAAAUAUAGUAAACGAUUAUAUAUCGAUCCAACUCCACUCAUAGAGGCACUUGGACUUGACACCCAUGAACAGCAGGAUGCUCAAGAGUUUUCUAAGCUGUUCUUAACAGUGCUGGAAGGUGCAUUGUCUAGUGAACUGUUAGGACCAGGAACCAACAUUAUUCAGGAACAGUUUUCUGGUAUUUAUUGCUACAUCACAAGGUGUCAGAAAUGUGGAAGUGAGUCUAGCUGCCAAGCUACCUUUUAUGAGUUGGACAUCAACAUUUGUGGGCAUAAGUCUUUAAGUGCCUCACUUCAAGAUUUUCUAAAGGAAGAGAAGCUGGAAGGAGAGAACCAGUACAUGUGUGACACAUGCAGCAGCAAACAGAAUGCAGUCCGCUCCAUACGUCUGCAGACUCUUCCUCCUGUUCUUAACCUACAACUACUGCGCUUUGUUUUUGAUGUCAAAAAGGGACAGAAAAAGAAGCUGAACACUUAUGUGCAGUUUGGAGAUAUUCUUGAUAUGAGCAGAUAUUUAGAUCAGCCAGAUGGGACAACAGUGUAUGAACUUUCUGCCGUAUUAAUCCAUCGAGGUCCUAGUGCUUAUAGUGGCCAUUACGUGGCUCAUAUCCAGGAUUUGAAUUCAAAACUCUGGUAUCGUUUUAAUGAUGAAGACAUAGUAUGCAUGAAAGGACGUAAACUGCAGUUAGGAAAAGAGGAAGAGAUAACUACAGGAGAUCUUCCCGACAACUCAUCUGAAAAAACAGAAAAGGCACCAAGAGGUGGAAAGGGGCUCUAUUCAUCACGCAAUGCUUACAUGCUUGUCUACAGACUGAUUGAAGAAAAGAUAGAAAACGGAAAUCAUUCAAAGGAAGACCAAUCAUUAGCCUUAAAAGAUGAAGAAGGACAGAUGCUAACCUUCCAGAAGCUGUGACACUACAUAGAGAGAGACAAUGCAAUGUUUGAAGACUGGAUUCAGGACAUAGUUUUAACAAGAGAUGCCAACAUUUUCAGUGGCAAAGAACAACAACUGAGAGUUCGGGAACUAUACUCUGGUCUUAUUCGGCAGCUUCCAGAUGAACCUUUUGAGUGGUUUCCCAUAGACUGGAUUACCAAGUGGCUGACUGAUCCAGAGAAAGCUACCCAGAUUGACUGCUCCCAGUAUCUGUGCCCUCACCAAUGUCUUCAUCCUGACAUGGUUUCUAGGAUGAAAGCUGUCAGUGUUGAUGGGGCUUCAGAGCUUUACAAGAUCUUUGGUGGUGGACCAAGACUAAAUGGAAUUGGAGCAAUGUGUGAGGAGUGCGUGCGGCUGCGGUGCAAGGAGUUGAAGUUCAGGCAUAUGGUGGCUGAGGAUGGCAAGUUUUUAAACACAGCCCUCAGACAGGUGACACAAAGUCCAACAAUGUACUGGGUUGGCAAAGCCUCUCUACGCAGCUGGAAACGGCAUGCACUAGCCAAACUGGAUGUUCCUUACAGCGUUGUGGACACCAGCAGUAAUAACAAUGUUCUAGAGAAUGGAGAGAAGGAGGAGGAGAGACAUGUGGACUGUGACCAAGAGACAGGACAGGAGGACAGAAAUGGAGGGGAUAAUGGCAUGAGUGAUGGUGCACUGGACGAUGCUGACCUGAGUGGGGCUUUUAACUCAGAGAUAGUUUGCAAGGAACAUGGGGAACUGAUACCUGAUGAGAAUUGUCGUCGACUUGUGACAGAUGCUGCAUGGUCACGCCUGUGCUCCUACUUUCCUGACUGCCCUCAGUUUGACCACAGUUCACCUGUCUGCACACAUUGCUUGGAAAAAAUAGAAGAGGAAAAAGAGCAUCAUGACGUUACAAGACAGCUCUACUCGCGACAGAAGAGUGACCUGCACAUGCUUUAUCUUGGUAGAAACCGCCCAAAACCUCCUAAUCUGAAUGGUCAGCAAGUCUUUGUAGUCAGCGCAGAGUUUAUUGAAGACUGGAGAAAGUUUGUGCGGACAAGGGACACCAUGCGCAAGGGGCCACUGGAGGAGAUUUGCAAUACAAAGUUGUUGUGUGACCACAAAAAGCUACUGUUUCCAGUGGAGGAGGCAGAGUACAACACAGAGAAUGGUCUAGUGUUACUGUGGGAGGAGGAGUGGAGGACAUUAACAGAACACUACAGAUAUGACAUUGCCAUCGAGGUCAUGUCAGUAGAAGAAGAAAAUGGAAACCGAUCAACCAUAACUAUUCCAGAAACCUGUGAUCAGUGUGUGGCACAACGCUUGCAAAUGGAAGAGGAGCAAAAGUUCUCCUUUGACCAAGCCACAAUCUUUGUGCGUAAAGUCUUGCCUGAUGCUGUUUCCAGUCUAAACAGCCUUGACAGCGAGUCCACAAAAGAUGAUGAUGAUCCUGACUUUCAGGAGUCUGCUCAGGUAAAGCCAUCAAGUGAUGGAGAACCUUCACUUGCCAAGAGACAGAAACUGGAGGAUUCCGCCUUAAGAAAAAGCCAACGGCAUCGCAAACAACGAGGGGAGAAGGAGGUCAGAAUUUCAUCAGCAAUGACCCUAAAGGAGUUUAAAAUAAAGGUCAUGAAUCAGUUCUCCAUUCCUACCUUUGACCAGGUGCUCACUUUGGAUGGGCGGACCAUUACAGACAAUGAGGCCACUUUAGGGCAGCUGCGAUUCUACCCAGGCUGUUUGGUUUUGGUUACAGCGGACCAGCCCAGUCAGGACACUUCUUCAGUUAUUGAUGACAUUUUAUCAGCAAGAAGACCAGAAGAAGGCUUCAAAGGAACAAACCUCUUGAGCAGGUAGCCUCUUACAAGGGUUAUGGAGCAUCACCUUUCUGAAGCAUUGGGCUUCAAGUCUUAAAAAGAGUUGAGCAGAUCUGGCAGAGGUCGCUCUUGCAUUCUCUCAUUUUGGCCUUGCUCUGCAACACUGAUAAGAUGCUUACAGUGAGCAUUUUGCCUUCAAGGUAUACGAUCUUCAGUGUACAAUAUGUCCAGAAAUUUCUCAAGCAAUUCAGACAUUUGAAUGGGAAAUCUGACAGAGUCCCAUGUCUUUUUGCAGUGUAAAACCUGGAUUGUUUGGAGUUUUGUCCUUUCUUUUUUUUUUUGCAAGCUGUCCUAUGGACAGAGCAACUUACGGCAAUGUUCCAUUCAUUGCCACACAGUGACCCAGCACAGCCAUAGUAUGGCUUAUCUGAUGUGAAAUCUCUGGUCAAGAAUUUGUUGAAUGGAAAAGCCCUCCACAUGCACGUUUUCUGUAUUGUAUUGGCAUGCCAGAUGGAUGCCAUGUUUUCCUUGUUUUAUUUAUCCCACAUAAUAGAUGUGAGGGGGUAGGGGAAAAAAAUCAAUGCCUCCAUAAAAUAAAAAACUUCCUCGAUCCUGGCCUCCGAUGAUUUCAAGAAUAGAGUAACAUGAAAGGUAUAGAACCAGUUAUUUUACCAUACAAGCAUAUGAACAUGUGAUCAUAUGAUUAUAGUUUUUUUAACUAUAGAUAUAAUCAUGUGUGUGCACAUAUUUGAUAAACGUCUGAUCACUCAUUUUUGGAGUUCCUAUUAUACUCAUUAACACCUAGUUUGACAUCAGCUCAAGUUUGAGACAUGCUGAGUAGCAGAUCCUCAGUGUUUUCUGAACAUCUUGGGUAAAAUCUCAAGUACCAUCAGUGUGCGUUAAGGUUGGGCAUCCAACACAAAAGGCUUUAGAAAAAUGGGGAGUGGUGGUUGUGGUCAUACCUGGAAGUCAUUUUCUUCACAAUAGCCUCAAAAAACAAAUUUUCACAAAAUGUGACUUUCUAAUUCAAGGUCAUGUUCUCAGUUUGCUGGAAGACAUGUCCUGACAGUUGGCUUAUUCUGCAAGUUACAGACCCACUCAUAGCUGUUAACUUUUCCUGUUGGUUCUGUCACAGAGGAACAAGAACAGUAACUAAAAAGGCAGGAGCAGUGAACUUGUCCUAGUGAUCAGUGAAAUCCUACUUUUUAAACGUGCUGUAUCAGACAUGUAUGGUCAUGACUACAUUCAGGCUGCUAUAGGUGGAUUCAAAUACCUUUAUUAAACUAUGUAAACUAAACCCUUACAGCACCCAAAGGUUCACCUAGGCAAAAGUCAUCGCUAAUGAGAUUUCCAAUGAAAUGCUUUCUGCUGAGGUGGAUCCCUUAUGAAAUACUUUUUGUUGGGGUAAGUUGCUUUGAGCAAAAUCUGGUGAAGCAAACAAAAACCAAUCUUAAUGAUGUAUUAUAGCACUUCAUAACCUCAAUGGUUUAAUAUUGUCAUUUUGAUGGUAAACUUUUCUAUUCUCCAGUCAAAAUGAGGACAUAUGUUAGUACAUGGGGAAAUUGUAUUUAUGAAUGCUGAAGGAUGUGUUUAUGAUGUUCACAAUAUGCAUUCUUCGUAACAAA